UCUCCACAUUUUUAAAAACGAAAAAACUUCAAAGUUUAAAUUUCAAGCGUGUGUAAUUUUCUUCGCAAGUUUCGAUUUGGUGCGUUGCAUAUAAAGUGGUUCCGAAAAUGGCUUCUUGUUACCUAUUUCGUUGGUGUUUUCCGAAUUGUUUCUCAAACGGAAUUUGGCGGGGAGAUGGACAAGAAAGAAGCUACAAAGCCGUGAUCGGCCGUAACAGUUCCAAAGCCAAGCAAGCCAAACGCAACAAAAAGUUCCGUCCUGAUCGGAUGGAGAAGGGGUCUUCGCCGGGGCAGGUCUCCGAAAUGCAACAGCCUACCAGUGUCUUGAAGCACUGGGCCGGUCAGAGCCGUUGUUGCGAAGAGGUUUUGGAGGAAAUACGCCUUAAUGCUGUUGAUGCCCCGGAAGCCACGGAAGAUCAGGCUGUUGUAGCAGGUUCAGCGGUCUUGCAGGAUGAGCGCAAUCCACUUACGCGGUUCAAGAGAUUUUUCAUUAAAAAGAAAACACCGCAGCAGAUUGAAAUGGAAACAUUGAGAAAUGAACGUAAAACUGUAAUUAAAUAUCUGAAAGGGGUGGGUCUAUAUGACCGCCGCAUGUCUUAUGAGAUGAUGCUGAGUCUCAAAUCGGUUGUUGAAAUGUCGUUGGAAUCGGAAAAGCAAAAAGAGGAAAUUGAAAUGAAAGAAUUGAAAAGUCGUGUUACUGCCACAAAGCUCAACCCUUCUCCAGUGGUAGAGAUACCAAAAUCCGAAGCGUUGAAUAAAAUAUCUCCAACGGUCGAGCUGCCAAAUUCUCCUAAUGUGGAGCAGAUCGAAAGUUUGCAACCGGAGUCAGGAAAAAUUGAGAUGAGAAAGCCCGAAAGUCUCCUGGGAGCGGUCAAUUCGGCAAAGAUACAUAGCGCGAUGGGAUUUCCCAUUUCAGCACCAAUCGAUAUGCCCGGUAUGGCUUCUACUGUUCAGCCAUUGUCCCUACCAUAUAUCUCAGUAAUAAAAGACAAUAUGUUAUUGCAUAUUCUACCAGGUGACAUUCCGUGCACCGAAUGCAACCCAGAAGCUAUCGUGGUCCAGGCUGGAGUGCAACCGAACCUAAUGAUAGAUGUUGAAAAAAUGUCCUUGGAAGAUAAGAAACGCUAUGGAACGAUUGCUCCACCCCUUCCGGCGAAAGAGGAUAAGCCCCGCAUCGUCGGUUUUAUGCUGAAGCCGGGAAGAGCUAUGGAAUACUUGAAUGCCAUUGGAGAGGAAGCGAACUCCAACCUGGGCGAUGCAGUCCCGAUCGUCGAAGCAGGAGCCGACUUUACAUCAGUCGAUGACGAUUUCACUCCAAAGCCUUUGCCGGAUUUGUGUUGGACGUUUGGACACACAUGAUCACUUCGUAUGAUGCAAUGCUGAGGGAUGGAAAUAUUCCUGUUUGUUAUUAAGUAUUGGCAUUUUAUAUGUCUAGAUUAAUGCUUUGAUCAGAUUUAAUUUAUGAUUUAUAAUAGAUACUGACAAGAAACAAUAGUAUAAGUUGUUACUAAAUAUAUAAUAUAGUACAUAAUAUGCACUUAUAGCCUAUUCACCGAAUUUUAU